AUGACGGAACGAAACACAAUCCAAAAGCCGAAUCCUCGAUCGUACUCUGAAUCCCACCACUCCCAGACUCAAGCCGAAGUGAAUGAGCUCGAAUCGCCUCCGCCCAGCUACGAGGCAGCAGUCAUUGGCACGGAUGACAGGAACCAGGAAGGGAGACAGGCGCAUAGCCAAGACGUGAAUGAGCCCGCGGGUGCUUUUCACUCCUUGAACCAGCAGCAACAAGGGCACCAACAACAACUUCUUGAACGACAGCGACAACAGCUGGACCAACAACUCGAACAGCAACGGCAACAGCGGGAACUGCAGCGACAACAACUUGGGCAACAACUUGAAGAACAAAGACAUCAACAGCAGCAGCAGCAACAAGAACUUCAGCAACAGCUGCAACACCAACUACAGCAGCAGCAGCGGCCCUAUCCCAUCCAGGAGUAUUCUUCUUCCAACCAUCACAACUAUCAACCAGAUGCAAAACACCCUAACGCCAGCCAGCAGGACUACUACGACCUCGAAGCGCAACAGCCAACAGUAGCCGGUAGCAGCUCUGGAGGGAUCCGCUCGUCCAUUGCAGCGAUCGAGUAA